AUGCUAUUCAGCUCCAACUCGACAGUUGCUAUGGACUGGUUGAAGUGUUUCGCGAGCGAUUUGUUGAGGAUCGUUGAUGAGCCGAAUGGAUUUGAGACUUUCGUCGAUGUGAGGUCGUUCACGGAUUCAGCUAGAACAUUACGACAGGUGACAGAUGAAAAAUUGAAUGAACAGUUAAAGGGGACUCAAACAAAGAGCGCAGCCGCAAAACGGCUAUACUCAAAACAUCAUAAGGAUCGAUAA